AUGUCGACCGAAGCCGAUCAGAUUGUCAAGCUGGUGAGCUCCGAUGGUGUUGAGGUCACAACUGAGCGCAAGAUUGCCGAGCGGUCGAUGCUCAUCAAGAACAUGAUUGAGGAUUUGGGUACUCCUGGCGAGGAAGCGAUUCCGAUCAUGAACGUCUCCGACACCGUCCUCAAGAAGGUUCUCGAAUGGUGCGCCCACCACAAGAACGACCCCGCGCCCACCCAAGACGACGAUGCCGACUCUCGCAAGAAGACCACCGACAUUGAGGAAUGGGACCAGAAAUUCAUGCAGGUCGACCAAGAGAUGCUCUUCGAGAUCAUCCUCGCCGCCAACUACAUGGACAUCAAGGCGCUGCUCGACGUCGGCUGCAAGACAGUCGCCAACAUGAUCAAGGGCAAGUCGCCCGAGGAGAUCCGCAAGACCUUCAAUAUCCAAAACGACUUCACACCCGAGGAGGAGGACCAAAUCCGUCGCGAGAACGAGUGGGCCGAGGACCGUUAA